AUGUCAAGUAGUGAUGAUGAAGGUCCAAAACUUGGCUCAAAGAAAAAACCAUACACACCAAAAUUUAAGGAAGAAUGGAAAAAACAUCCAGAAUUUGCCUCUUGGUUGUGUAAAGGUAAAACGGAUACAUUUUUUCACUGCAAUGUUUGUUUUAAUGACUAUUUGGGUGGUUUAUCGGCAAUUAAACGUCAUUCAAAGUCUGACAAACAUAGGAAUAAUUCAAAAUCAGUUUCAGUUUCAAACCCCAUUAAUAAAAUGCAAAAACUUGUACAACAUACAAGUCAUGAAUACCAAAUAAAACAGGCAGAAAUAAAAUUGGCAAUGUUUAUUGCAGAACACAAUAUUGCUUUUCAGACAAGCAAUCAUGUUGUAUCUUUAUUCAAAAGUAUGUGUCCAGAUUCAAGUGUAUUACAAGGUAUAUCAUGUAAUCGUACAAAAAAUACAUCGAUAGUAAACAAUGUAAUUGGACAGUAUGAAUUUGAAUAUUUACUUGAAAUUAUGAGGUCUCAAAAAUUUUCUAUUCUUAUCGAUGAGUCUACAGAUCACUCUUCUGUUAAACAUCUGGCGAUAAUUGUUCGAAUUUUAGACUACAGUAAUUAUGUGGUAAGAGAUAAUUUUUUAUGCUUACUUCAAAUUACAAGCGCAACUGCUGUCAACAUUUUUGAAAAAAUAAAAACAUUUUUUACUGAGCAUAAUAUCCCCUAUCAAAAAAAUCUUGUGGGAUUUGCAUCAGAUGGGGCAAAUACAAUGUUUGGGAAUAGACACUCUGUCAAAACGUUACUUGAAGAAGAUGUACCUGGAAUCUUUGUCAUGAAAUGUAUAUGCCAUUCACUGGCACUUUGUGCUUCCUAUGCUUGUGUAAAAAUUCCAAACAACAUAGAAGAAUUGGUAAGAUAUUUAUAA